AUGACGAAGGAUCCCGUGACACCGCCGCUGCUCAAGACGCGCUCAAAGGAUCCUCUUGAGAGUUCCUGGCGGAAGCACAUGAGCGAUGGGCAGUGGGUACCCGACGUCUCUGUGGACACGUGCAUGCUCUGCCGCACCGAGUUCGGCUUCUGGAUCCGACGCCACCACUGCCGCCGCUGCGGGGCCGUGGUAUGUGAUAGCUGCUCUGGUAGCCGCACCAAGUUUAUCUACAAGGAAAUCACCCCGAACAAUCUGGCAGAGGAGGAUUGCCGCGUGUGUGACGCGUGUAUCCGCGUGAUCGACGAGAAGUUGGCGCUUGGUGUGAGUCGGCGCUUCGGCAAGGGCAUUGCGGCCGCACUGGCUGCCAGCGAAAGCGACAACCAACUGGAGCACACGGCGACACCGCUCGAGCCGGAUAAAGGAGGCAACCGCACAGUCAUGACCAUGGGCAGAUACAGGUACGAAAUCGUUUAUCGGGUUUACGGAAUGAUGCUUCGUUUGCUGAUGUGCGUGGGUGUCCGUGCUCGACAGAGCGGAGAUCAAGGAGUCGGAAGGCAAUCGCUACAUCCGCGACACCGACUUGUAGCGACGAUGAACGCGGAUCUACGACAGACUUAA